CAACCACACACUCGUUUACACAACCACCAUGGUAUUCGCUCAUUACUUAACAGCGGCUUUCACCGUCGCCACUUUGGCCGGUACCCCCGCUGCAAUCAAUCUCGACAUCACCAACGAACAAUCUAUCAAAAAUGCCGCCGCCACAGCCGCCUUCAACGCCAUGUCCUACUACACAGGCAAUCAGACCGGCCAGAUCCCCGGAAAAAUCAACCACACCUGGUGGGAAGGCGGCGUAUUAUUCGACACCAUGAUCCGAUACUGGUACUUCACCGACGACGCAUCCAACAACGCCGCCGUCAGCCAGGGCAUGUACCACCAACGUGGCGCCGGCAACGACUACAUGCCGAGCAACUGGUCCUCAUACAUCGCCAAUGACGACCAGAUGGCCUGGGGCCUUGCCGCCAUGACGGCAGCAGAGCUGAACUACCCCGAAGACGCUGGAAUGCCCUCGUGGGUGGAUCUAGCGGAGCGGGUAUUCGAUGUGCAAGCCGCCCGCUGGGACAACAACACCUGCUCCGGCGGUCUCCGGUGGCAGCUUUGGCCCUACCAAGCCGGAUACGCGAUGAAGAACGCAAUGAGUAACGGGGGUUUGUUCCAACUCGCUGCGCGGUUGGCGCGGUAUACCAACAACCAGACCUAUGUGGAUUGGGCAAACACGAUCUGGGACUGGAGUACAUCGCAUCUUGUUCAGGAGGGCAGUUGGAAUGUUGCUGAUAGUACUAAUACGGAAAAUGAUUGUACGACUCUGGGCAACAAUCAGUGGUCGUAUAACUACGCGGUGUUUCUGAGUGGCGCGGCAUAUAUGUACAACUACACAAACGGAGAGACCAAGUGGAAGACCGGCCUGGAUGGCCUUCUGAACACAACCUUGGGAACAUUCUUCCCCCAUAAAUAUGGCGGCGAAAUCAUGUCCGAGAUCCUCUGUGAACCUACACAAGUGUGCAACGACGAUGAGAUAAUUUUCAAAGGUCUCCUGGCAGAAAGUCUCACCUUCACGAGCAUGGUAGCGCCGUAUACAUCAUCGGACAUUCUUCCGCGCCUGCAAGGCUCGGCUGUUGGCGCUGCGAAGCAGUGCAGUGGCGGAAGUAGUAAGACAACCUGUGGACAGCGCUGGUACCAGUCGACCUGGGAUGGGGCGGAGGGCAUUGAGGAGGAAAUUAGUGCGACGAGCAUCUUCACGUCGAAUUUGGUGGUGUACAAACACCAGUCUCUGGCUACGAAGGCUACCGCGACAAAUGGAACCUCCGGCUCCACAGGUACGGAGAGUGGUAAUGGAACGACUACUGCCAGCACGACAGCGGGAAGCAACAGUGUAGUUCCGACAAACGGUGCCAAUUCUCUCGCUUAUGGACCCCUUGGUGUUGCUGCCGCUAUUCUUGCGGGUGUUGUUGCCAUUGCUUAAACGGUUCAAUACGGCUUGCAUAGAUAGACUGAUUAUCCGAGUUUGGCCCAGCCAGGGCGCUCUUGCCAGGCUAUGUGAUUUGCACAGGUGAAAGCCUUUCACAUAUUCAAUAUUACUAUUGUGCAAUAAGAAAUUUACCGUCGCUUCUUGGCCCGUCCUCUGAAGUCGGUCGACAAUCAUUCCUGAGAAGCAAAAGAAAUUUCGGUCAUAAUUGUCCGUUCAGCUUUACAGCCCCAAACGAUGGAUUUGGCGUCCAUAAACCGCAAGAGCAGGAUCUAGGCAGCAUUCCAGGCAACAUACCUUUAUCUGCUAAUGCUAUUGGCUGGACAUCUGACACGAUGAUUUAAUCCCACCAUUCAUAGCCUUUGAAACAUCUAAGAAGCACACUAGGAUGAGUCUAAUUCCACCGGCGAAUCAAAUUCAGCGUUCUCUUCCUCAACACGAGCCCGAUCCCACUCUCGGUCUUUGCGAUGAUCGCAAAACCCGCUUGAAAAAGCUUCACACUACCCACUUA